CGUGCGCCAGUUACGUGUAGGAGGUGCAAGAUGGUCAGAAAGUGCUCAAGUUAAUACCGUUUAUUUGUUUUUUUCUUUUCCGGAAAACAAGUGAGAAAGGAACGUGGAUUUACGCGACAGUGUCGGUGAAGACAACAGUUAGCUUCAAUAUUUUCUGACUUGCAUGACAAGACUGCGACGGGCGUGAAGCCCCGCGUGAACAUCAAUAUGUGGGAGCAGGAGGAAUUCGAAAAACACUGGAGGAAAGAAUUUCCCGACGGAGAAGUACCCCAGAUGGAUUUGAACUCUGUAGAGGACAUCGAGUCCGAGCUGGAGACAUGCAAAGCCAACCUGAAGAGGCUCCAGAAGGCUCUGGCAGAGGAGAAAUUCAAGGUGAUUUACCUGGAGACCACCGUGGCCCGACAGAAGAGAAACGACCCGGAAAGGUUUGAAGGCAAAGAUGAAAACUUUAACGCUGACAUGUCGACCUUUUCCAAAACGGAGAAUAUCAGGAAACCGCCGCGGCGGGACGCCGAGCGUGACGAGGGGAGGAUGAAGGCGCUGGACCCCGGUGGCAUGAAGCACCACGCUGCGGGUAGCAACACAGCGGGGCUCACCAGCUACUUCGGCCGGGAGCGAGGCAGGUUCAGCGGCAAGAUGGGCAAACCAGUCCCUAUCCCGGUUCCGCCGCAGAAGCCCGUGUUUUGUAGAGUGGACACGGCCCCUGCCAUCGUCCAGCGUGCGAAUGACAACGAGGAAGGCAGCGACCGGGAAUAUGAGGAUUUGGAGCUGAAUGAAAAUUUCGUCAGGAAUAACUUGUUGGCACCAAAGAUCGCGGGAAGAGACGGCCAGAAGACUUCCAGCGCUCACCGGGACAGCCGGCGGCCUUUCCGCUACAGUAGGGAGUUUGACUCUGAUGAUGGCAGACUGUCACCGUCCUUCCCCCACAUUCAACGCAGACCCUCCCGAGGCUCGGGGUGCAGCACCCCAGAGAGGAGGAGUGAUGGGUACCUGAGCUCCGACCACGAUGACUCCUCUUCCGCAGACUUUAACUACAACACAGAUGGAUACGAGGGGGACGCAGGAGAGGACGGCAAGUCCCAGGAUGGCUCAGAAACGCUGCCCUUUAUAGAUGAAUCGCCCACCAUGUCACCCCAGCUCUGCGCGCCCCAAGGGCCAGAUGGAGAAACCGUGUCGCCCACACCUCUGCUGGCUGGGGGAGACAUCGAGAAAGGACUGGAGAUGAAGAGACUGGUGCUGUCUGGAUUCCUGGCCAGCGAGGAGAUCUACAUUAACCAGCUGGAGGCCCUGCUACUGCCCAUGCGACCCCUGAAAGCGACAGCCACGACCUCUCAGCCUGUCCUGACCAUCCAGCAGGUAGAGACCAUCUUCUACAAAAUCCAGGACAUCUUCGAGAUCCACAAAGAGUUCUACGACGCCCUCCUACCCAGCAUCCAGCAGUGGGACGAGAAGGUCACCGUGGGACAUUUGUUCCAGAAGCUGGCCAGCCAGCUGGGCGUGUACAAGGCCUUUGUGGACAACUACAAGGUGGCGCUGGAGACGGCAGAGAAAUGCAGCCAAGCCAACAGCCAGUUCCAGAAGAUAUCUGAGAACCUCAAAGUAAAAGGUCCUAAAGACUCCAAAGACUGUACAACAACUAGUUCAAUGGAGGCUCUCCUUUACAAGCCGAUUGACCGUGUUACCAGAAGCACCCUGGUUCUUCAUGAUUUGCUGAAACACACUCCAAAGGACCACCCGGACUUCCCCCUCCUGCAGGACGCUCUGCGGAUUUCUCAGAACUUCCUCUCCUCCAUCAAUGAGGAGAUUGACCCUCGCAGGACUGCUGUUACUACACCCAAGGGCGAGGCCCGUCAGCUGGUGAAGGAUGGCUUCCUGGUGGAGGUGUCGGAAAGCUCCAGGAAGCUACGGCACGUCUUCCUCUUCACCGAUCUGCUGCUCUGUGCCAAGAUGAAAAAGACUGCUGUGGGUCGCCAUCAGCAGUAUGAGUGCAAGUGGUACAUCCCUCUAGCGGACUUAACUUUCCAAACCCUGGACGACUCGGACACUUGCCCGAGCAUCCAGGUCCUGCCAGAGCACGAGAUUGAGGAGAUGAAGAUCAAGAUCUCGGUCUUAAAGAAUGAGAUACAGAAAGAGAAGAAAGCACCGAAGGGUCAGAGCCGUGUGGAGCGUCUCAGGAAGAAGAUGAACGAGCAGGAGUCCUGGUUGCUCCUGCACUCCCCCACCAUCCCCUUUCGCAUCCACAACAAACAUGGAAAGAGCUACCUGUUCCUGCUAUCCUCUGACUACGAGAGGUCAGAGUGGAGGGAAAGCAUUCAGAAACUCCAAAAGAAAGACCUCCAGUCAUGCAUGUUAAGUUCUGUAGAGCUCCAAGUAUUGACCAGCUCUUGUUUCAAACUCCGAACGGUCCACAACAUUCCUGUCACCGGUAACAAAGACGAUGAGGAGACUCCUGGCCUGUACGGCUUUCUGCAUGUGAUUGUCCACUCUGCCAAAGGAUUCGAGCAGUCAGCCAAUCUAUACUGCACUCUCGAAGUAGACUCAUUUGGAUACUUUGUCAGCAAGGCCAAGACCCGAGUCUUCAGGGACACCACAGAGCCUCAGUGGAACGAAGAGUUUGAGAUCGAGUUGGAGGGCUCCCAGUACCUUCGGAUCCUGUGCUACGAGAAGUGUUACGACAAAAGCAUGCUGAACAAAGACGACAAUGAGAUUGUGGACAAGAUCAUGGGCAAAGGGCAAGUCCAGCUGGAUCCUCAGACUGUGCAGUCCAAGAACUGGCACAUGGAUGUCAUAGAGAUGAAUGGGAUUAAAGUGGAAUUCUCCAUGAAGUUUACAAGUCGAGACCUCAGCUUAAAGAGAACGCCGUCCAAAAAACAGAGUGGCGUGUUUGGAGUCAAAAUCAACGUUGUUACAAAGCGCGAGCGCUCCAAGGUGCCUUACAUAGUCCGUCAGUGCAUUGAGGAGGUGGAGAAGAGGGGGAUCGAUGAAGUGGGAAUCUACAGGAUCUCAGGGGUGGCCACUGAUAUCCAGGCCCUCAAAUCAGCAUUCGAUACCAGUAAGACUCCAUUCACUGUUUCUGUGUGACACGCUCUUCCUCCCAUCGUCUUUACUGCACGACAAUAUCGUUUAUUGUUCUUUCUCUUUGCAAUGCAGUAGACGUCAUUCUGUGAUGCAGAAUGUGUGCAAUGACAUUUAGAUUUAUACACUUCAGUGCAAAAGUCAUGAGCCACAACUCAUUUCUUUUGCUCUAGGAAAAUUCCAAAUAGCAAUAAUUUAUUGAGAGGCAAAGAUACAGCUAAAUACAGAGUUUGUAUGAUUCUGAAACUUAAAAGUUAAUAUUUGUUAUGACCACCUUUAUUCUUUAUGUGAGCCUGAACUUUCUUACUUUAAGCUGCCUUUUUGUAAUUUCUCUAAGAAGUCCCAGGAAUAGUAGGAAGAGGCUUCUUGAAGGACACUCAAAGCUCUUCUUUGGAUGUUCUCUGACAAGAUGAUCCCACAUUGCGUCAGUAAUGUCGAGAUCCACAAUCUAGGGAGGGCAGUCUAUGACUGAUAGUAUUGCAUCGUCCUAAAGAUGUUGCUGCUGACUUUCAGUUCAGUUCUUGUGUAAUCUGGCAUACCUCAGCAACCGUCAUCCUUCUACUUAGACCAUUUCUGAUGAAGCUUCAGUGAACAGUAGAUGGAUUAACUAAAGAAAUGGGGGCAAAUUGUGUUUUGCCAAAUGCAGCUAGCAACAAAGUACCUAAAGAUCCAAAGAUAAAAUAAACUCUUUGCUAAGUUGUCUGUUAUGUGUAGACACAACAAUGGUUCAUCCCCUGAGUUAGAUGCCUUUUUUAUGCUUGAGUGAUUCACAGAUUGGCGUGAAGUGGCUUAACAAAGAAAAAAACAUUCCUCUGAAGCUGGUCAGAUACAGACACAAGAACAAUAGUUCAGUAUCAGUGAAGGCUUAUACUGAUUUUCAGCAGAAUACAUGAGUCAUCUGUCUGUGUUCUUGCACUUUGCUUUUAAAAAUCUGUGAGACGCCCAGUGCACUCUGCACAUUGUCAAAAACACUGGUCUCACUGCAGCGAACAGCUGAAACUGACAGGAAACCGCAGACAGACUGUAUGAGGACACUCUGCAGGGCUCACUCUGUUUUCCAGCACAGCGAUUAAUUCGCUCACUCUGUUGAGCAGGAAUCACGUAUGAACAACCAGGUUACAGAUGUUACUGGCAAACAUUAUAAAAUGAUCCACACAGCAAAAAAAAAAAUCACCAUUUGUCUUUUAUUGUAUGUGUCCUGAACUUGGGUCAUGUGAGAG